AUGGCCUUCAGCAUCACCUCGCUGCUCCAGACCGAGUCACUCGACCAGACCGCCCAGAGUCGCCAGCUCUUCGAGGAGACCUACCGCCAAUAUGCCAGGUCCUUUCCCGCCCAAGCUAAAGAUGAACCCAAAAUGUCUUUCCUGAGACGGGUUGCACUGCACGCCGUCAAUUUUGCCGCAGACUUUGUCUUGGAGAUCACGGACGAGAAGAACUUGCAGUCGACCGGGUACACCAUCACGGAUCAGUUUUACGGAGAGAGACGCAAUGGCAUGGGGAUUCUCGAAAACGCAACCAAGGACCGCAGGCAGCUCAGGGAAAUGAGAGAAACAAUGCAAGAUGCCCAGAGGAUCACGUUGUCCCUCGCGGCGCCGCCGCCUCUACCUCCCGUGGAAAGGGGCAUCCCAGAAUCCGCUCGCCAGAUCAUUCCAUCAGCAUCCAGCUCCAGGUCGUCAGUCUCCGGAAUGGGGAAUGGAUGUUUCUCCGCUACGGCUUCACAACCUUCCACGGCCGCAUCUCACGCAUUCAGCACCGGCAGACGAUCCCUGAGCCCGAACCCUCCGCCGUAUCAUCACGAUGGCCUGUCCGGCAACGGCAACCACAGCAACGACGAAUCCCAAGACGACGACAGCAACGACGAUGACGACGACUACAUGAUGACCUCGCCCAACGACGAGUCCAAAGACACGCGCGAGUGGUCCUACGAAGCCCUGAAGCACAGGGGGAAAGGCCGGUACAUAUGCCCGGAAUGGCGGACUUGCACGAAAGGGGGCAACAACGGGCACGGCAGCCCCAAAAUUUUCAAGCGCAACUGCAUGUUCAGGCAACACCUGCAAAAGCAUGACAAGCCGCACAAGUGUCUCUUGGGAGGGUGUCCGAACAAGGAGGGGUUCGCCAGAAAAGACCAGCUUCUUCGACACCAGCUGAACGUCAAGCACGAAGACAACGAGAACAAGGCGCGGGCUCCUUACCACAUGACACGAAUGUAG